CCCUUGGCUCAUGGCAGAGCUUUUUCCAUCUGUUCUUCAUCCUGGGCUGGCUGAGCUCCUUAUCACCCCAGGGAAGUCUCUUCUGGGACGAAUUUAGGUAUAGCUUAAAGGGAUAUUUUUGUGUUAAAAAGUCUUAUUUCAAAAUGAAUCCAACCUCGUGUUUGUAUUUUUCACUUGAAAGUGAAAAAAAAGAAACAUUAAGUGUGACUUUGGCACAAGAUCAAAGCAGCCACGUGAUGUGGGAACAGUUUUUUGUGGGGCUGGAGAUAAGGGUGGGGAGCAGCAAAGCUGGGCAGGAGAUAACUGGGCAGGGAGAAGUCAGGAGCAGCCUGGAGCUUUUCCUCCUGAGAUGUCCCAGGAGAGGCUGUGCUGUCCUGGAGGGUGUGGGGAGUGCCAGGAGGAGUUGAGGGGAAGGAGGAUGAGGUGUAUUAAACCUAAAUAAACAUACCUGGGAAGUGACUGUUCACAGUCAUAAAGUGGUUUUCAGUGGGGUAGCAAAGAGGAAGAUGAGAUGGAAGGAGGAAAUGAAGCAGGGGAUCCCUAUGCCGCCCACCAUGAGCACAUGAGGCAGGUGAUGAGGAGCUUCUCCGAGCCUUUUGGGCGGGAUCCGUUCCCGAGCCUCCCGGAGGGAGGGGAGAGACCCGAGGAGAGGAGAGCGGGCGGCCGAGCCCCGCGGGACGCGCGGGUGGCCACGAGGGACAGCCGCAGGUGGGAUGCAGAUUUUGGGGAUCCAUUUUCUGCAAUGGACAGGAUGAUGUCAAACAUGAGGAACAGCAUGCUUGAAAUGCACAGGAAAUUUGAUGACCUGUCCAUCCAGCCUGAGGGACACAGUUUCAGCUCCUCCUCCGUGAUGACCUAUUCCAAAGUGGGGGAUGAACCUCCCAAAGUUUUCCAAGCCUCGGCCCAGACCUGCACGGCUCCAGGAGGGGUUAAGGAAACAAGAAAAGCACUGAAGGAUUCUGAAAGUGGCGUGGAGAAAAUAUCUGUUGGUCACCACAUCCAGGAUCGGGCUCAUGUCAUCAAAAAAUCCAAGAACUCCAAGACUGGGGAUGAGGAGCUGAAUCAAGAAUUCAUCAACCUGGAUGAAUCUGAGGCUGACACCUUUAAUGAGGAGUGGCAGAAGGAGGUCAUGAAGUUCAGGCCUUGCCGAAGCAGAGAAGCUGUGCAAGCUUCAAGAUCCAGAAGUGGCCAUUACAACCACAGGGAAAGUGGAGCAAGAAGAGGGAAGCUACUUGGAGCUCCAGGAUCCAGAGUGCCCAGGGAUUCCUUGGAGGCUCUGAGUGUGAAAGGAACGCCCGUCCCCCUGAAGGGCUCCAGGAAAUAACCGUCCCCCCUCCCUGGGGAUGGAGCUUCCCUGGAGCAGAUGAUGGUGCUCAGUGCUCGUGUCCGUAAAAAUACACCUGGAUUUGUGACCAAUCUCUGCUCUGUGUUGUGCCUUUGCUCCUCCUGCUUCUCAGUGAAUCCAAACCCAGCAACUUUCUGCCUAAAAGCACUUUAUGGAACAUCCCUAAGCCUGGUAAAACCAGCUUGGAUUUGCAGAGCUGUUCUGCUCUGGCUGCACCAAUCUCGGGCUUUACGAAGCCUGGUGCUGCAGCUCCUCCUUCCCACUCUGAGUUGCACAGAAAGCAAAUUUCCUUUAGUUUGGGUUGCUGAAUUACUGAUUUUCUAGGUUAAUUAACAGAACUUGAAUACACUGGAAAGCACUAUUAUCUAUACCUUUCAAAUAAUAUUAUAAAUUGUUACAGAAUUUCCUUUCGUUUGGGUUGCUGAAAGAAUUACUGAUUUUCUAGGUUAAUUAACAGAAUUUGAAUAUACUGGAAAGCACUAUUAUCUACACCUUUAAAAUCAUAUUAUAAAUUGUUACAGAACCCCCACACUCACUUUGGUGUAACAUAAAAUGAGAGGAAAUACUGAAAUAUGACAAGACUUUACAUUUAUCAGAGUUUUUAUGUUAAUAAGCUGUGCUUGCACCUCAUUUCCUGUGCCUGAACUGUCAACUUUGUAUUCCUGAUCCUUUGUUUGUUUUCUGUGGAGUUAGCCCAUCAUUUUCCAUUUUAAGGAUUGUUAUCUGUAGUAUUUAAUUCCUUUAAUUACCCUGUAGUAAUAACAGUGUCCUGAGAUCAGCUGCAACUAGGAGUUACUCAUAGGAAAAAUACGUGGGAGAAAUGAGUUUAACUGGAAUGAUUUCACCAUUUCUUAUGUUCUAAAGAGCCCUGGAUACAGGAACCCCUCUCCUUUCUGUGUUCUUUUUGUUUUACCGAGGGUAGAAUGACCCUAAAUUACAUUUGAUAGGAGUUCAGAAGAGCCAGCAGUGUCUGAGAGCAGGAAAAUCCUGGGAUUCCAGGUGUUCGGUCCCUGUACUGCUCUACCACACAGAACUAUCCCUGUGGUGUAGCAGAAAGAAUUCCUGUAAAUUGAAGGUAACAUUAAAUAAUAUAAAUUAUAACACUAAAGCAUUACAUAAAUUCAAGGCUCCAUUAUAAUGUAGCCAUUAAAAGUACUGUUUGUAUGAUAAAAUAGGGUUUAGUAAGUUAAGAGUAAUAUUUGUUUGGCCAAAAAGCCUCUAAAUCUUACUUCAUCUUCCUGCAGUUUCCCCAGAUUAUUUGAUUUUAAUUAAUGUUUAUUAAUGUGCAAACCUAAUCAGCAGCACUUCUGUUGAGCACUGAAAAGGGAAGGACAAUUAUUUAUGGUCUCUUCCUGAAUUAGAGAGGUAUCAGUGGCAAUAAACUGAUGUGAUCAAUAUUCAUGGCAAUAAUUAAACCAUUUAAUGAGCAGUGGGGGUCAGGGGGGCUUGGACACCCCUUAAAGUCAGAGCUCAACCCAGGGGCUUGUUUUCCAUCCACUGGAGACAAUAUGGAUUCUGCAGGUAGCUAAUUUAUGAGAUAAUAUUCUCAGUAAUUAACAGCAGCAAUGUUUUCUGUGUUGGAAUUUGAGCAGGAAUCUUGGAGAGUUGCUGCUGUUAAAUCCUGAUAACUCAGAUUUUUUUUGUGAAAUAAAACAAGCAUAUCCUGGGUUUGAAAUGACAAUGGGAAGAGGUGAAUAUUCCCUCCAGAUCCCCUUUGCGACGCCAAGAUGUUCUCCAAUGUAAGGCACAAGUUGUGCUCUGUAAAAGCAUCUGAAACUGCAAUUCUUUAAUAAAGUUAUUUAUUAUUUA